CAUUGUUAUUCAUCAUCAUCAACAACAACAACGUGCAGCAAGUGACCAUACUGGGGCAGGACGCUCGCACUCACACUCCUCGACUUAAUUCAUAAUAAGCGAACAAUUGAACGUCGUUAAGUGGAAAAGUGCGUGGGGUCAUCAAAAAAAAAAAAAAUGUUUUCGUGUUACUGCCGUGCAUAAAAAAUGGGCGACGGACUGACUCUCGCGGGGACCAAAGUCCUCCUGGCCAUCGUCAAUUUUCUGUUGCUGGCAAGCGGGUUCGCCCUUGUCUCCGGGGGGAUGCUGGUGCUCUUCGACAACGAGCGCAUCCUCGUUUCGAAACUUUUGGCCUCCUCGGGACCCUUCGCCGACCUGCCGCAACCCUAUUUCUACUACGUGGCCAUCGGAUUGGCCCUGUUGGGCCUCACCCUGGCCGCCGCGGGCAUCUUGGGCUGCUGGGCCUCCUGCCUCCACAACUUUUGGCUCCUCUCCUUCUAUUUCGUGUUGGUGAUGGCCGUGUUAUUGGGCGAGUGCACCGUAUACGGGGUGGCGUGGCUUUGGCCCCACUGCGUCGGUUUAGGACUGGACGGUGACGCUUUGGUCAAGACUUUACAGCGCAAUUAUGGGGUUAGUGGACAGGACCAGUUUACCGCGGCCGUCGAUUUGGCCCAAGUGACGUUCAAUUGUUGCGGAAUCUUUAGUGCCAAUGAGUACGACACGUCGUUGUGGAGGUUGCAGGGUUUGGGGCAACCCUUGGCCAUCCCUUUGUCCUGUUGCGAUUUGCAGAACGGGGAGGAGGGCAGGGCGUACCUGAGCCCCAUGCCAAUCAAUUCCAGUUUAUGUCAGGCUUUGGAGAGGCACACCCACGAGGGUUAUAGACAUGUGGCGGGUUGUCACGAACGUUUGGACCAAUGGUACCGCGACCACUACGUGGUGUUCCUGGGGAUCGGGUUGGCGGUGGUACUGGUCGAGUUCCUGGUGCUGCUCAGUACCGUGCUGACCUGCACCCGGAUUUACCAUCAUAACCAGGAAGAAUCCCGGGAUAACGUGAGGAAUACGGCGCAGGACGAGUCCGUGGAUUACGCCUUCCGUCAAAAGGGGGUGUCCGGGCACGGGGGUUAUUGUAACGAAACGUACGCGAUGACGGAUAGUUUUAGGCCGAAUUAUAAGGUUUUAGAUAAGGUUUAGGGUGUAAAAUGUGUAUCUACGUUUGCUCAAUAAAGUAAUGUCUAUGGUUAAAA